GACGUCUCGCAGUUGAGCCUGAGCAGCUGCUGGAGCUACAAAGUCUUUCUUUCCUCUUCUGUCAGGAUGGGUGUGAUACGGCUUCCCAACUUGUCUAGGAUCCUGUGUUUUUCUUUUUACAUUAUUCUCAUUCUGCUUCAACAGACUACUGCAGCACGAGAACUGAAGUUUGUGGUUGUACUUUUCCGGCACGGUGACCGAACACCAAUUGUGAACUUUCCAACUGAUCUACACAAAGAAAGCGAAUGGCCCCAGGGAUUUGGACAGCUCACCAAGACUGGAAUGCAGCAGCUAUUUGAACUUGGACAGUACAUGAGGAAACGAUAUUCCAGCUUCUUGAACAGCACAUACAACCGACAAGAGUUUUACAUCCAAAGUACAGAUUAUGAUCGCACCAUUAUGAGUGCCCAGUCAUAUCUUUCUGGCCUCUUUCCACCAACUAGCAGCCAAAUUUGGAACCCUGAGCUGCUCUGGCAACCCAUUCCAGUCCACAUUUUUCAAAAAACAGCAGAGCAGAGGCUGAACUUCCCUCUGCCCAACUGUCCCCGAUUUGAUGAACUUCAGCAUGAAACACAAACAUCUAAAGAAUUUCAAAGCAGAAUACAACCAUACAUGGAUUUUUUACAAACAAUGGCAGUUAACACAGGGCUUGAACUAAAUCACCUUAAAAUACUGGACAAUUUCCAGCUCUGGAACACAUAUGAUACUCUACAUUGUGAGGAUAUUCAUAAUUACACUCUCCCUGUAUGGGCCACUGAAGAUGUAAUCAACAAGAUGGAAAAACUAGCAGAAUUGUCUUUACUCUCAUUAUUUGGGGUUUAUAAAACAGAAGAGAAAUCACGACUACAAGGAGGUGUCCUUGUGAAUAUUAUUUUAAACAGUAUUAAACAAGCUGCCAAUUCUUCAAAACCAACAAAAAUGGAGGUCUACUCUGCACAUGACACCACAGUUGGGGCCCUCCAGAUUGCUCUCAAUAUUUUCAAUGGAAAACUGCCACCAUAUGCUGCUUGCCAGUUUUUUGAACUCUACCAAGAAAGCAAUGGGCAAUAUAGCAUCGAAAUGCAUUAUCGGAACGACACUUCAAAGGAUCCUUAUCUCCUCACUUUGCCAGGGUGCACCUCUUCUUGUCCACUUGAGAAGUUUGCUGAACUAGUUUCUCCUGUGAUUACAGAAAACUGGUCAAAAGAAUGUGGGAAGAAAGACAAAAUGAAAGAUAUUUUUAUCGGAUUUAAUGUUGCUGUUGCCUUGUUGUCCAUUUUUAACCUUGUACUGCUGUACCUCCUUUUCCAUUAUGGUCGCUGCAGGAGCAGAAACAACUACCAAGACAUUUAAUGUGGAGGUAAAAAAGUGAAAGCAAGAGCAGCAAGACAUCAAGGAAUACUUGAAGUUGCUGAUACCCUUCAGUUUGCUCUGGUCAAAAUAAUCUCCAAAGCACAUUCAAUAAACUUGAAUAACUGAGGUAUCUGUGGCCUAAAAUUCUACACAUCUGCAGUGAGAAAUACUGUAGAAAUAUGUUAUUUCAGGAAUUACUGGAUGGAUGGAAUUACUCCAAUUUAUAUCUUUAUUCUACUACUACUAUUAAUCAAUCUUAUAUCAACCACUGGGGUGAAGGAAUGCUAUUGCCUAUGGUUUGUUUUUUUUUUUUUUUUUAUAUUGCCUAUUACCAUUUAGCCCUUUGCUGCUCAACAAGCCUUUCUUCAAACUACAUUCUGUAAUAUUUACCUUACUUCCAAUAAAUGGCUAUUUUGCUGAUGCACAGGAAAAUAGUUUUACUGAGCAGAAGUUGCAGUACUGUAUGAAAAAGACUCAUACCAGCAGUUGGACAUACUGUUCCUAAUUUAGUAGUGCAAAUUUAUGCAUGAGUUUUGACCUUGGCCUUCAGCUAAUAAAAGUCUUCAGCCUACUCUUUAAAGGAGUCACAUCUCCAUAGCUCUCACUAAAAUUAGUAAAAUUUUAUAAUCACAUAUCCAGGCAUCAGGCAAGAAGCUUAGUGCAACAGCAUCUUGGUCAGAGUCUGUAACUUCAAUAAUAUGGAUAAGUAAAUAUAUUAAAAUCUAUUUUCUGCUGCUACACUGUUUUCCUAUUUUUCUGAGCUCCCAGUCAUGAAUGACCCUUUGCUCUGUAUUUCUUUGAGCCACUCUUAGAAAAAUUCCUCAAGUUAUCACUGUCUUCAUUAUCUUUUAUUUUAAAUCACAAUAACUCCUUUAACUCCUGGCUGCGUUCACAAUACUAUAUGUUAGCAAGAUGUACACUAAAGGUAAGAAAACAAUGAUUUUGCUUUUUGUAUGUUGAUCUCUUCUGUGCAAUUUAUUUUGUUUAGUUUGUAAGCUUCUAAUGUCAGGGAAUGUGUUUCUGUAACUGCUCUUGAGUGUCAAAAACUAUAUGUAUAAUAAGUACUAAUAUUGCUGUAUAAAAUCCUACUUAUUGUCAUAUGUUUCAAGACUGAAUCAAGACUUUUUUUGUCCUGUAGUCCUGCAGAGGAUACUGUGAAUUACAAUACCUUGGAGAAGUCUCUUUAAAAAUCAAGACAGCCAUACAAACAGGUGCCAACAGCAGGGUCAGCCCAACAGGUAUAAUGUGCUGAAGCUAAUGUGUCCUGCUGAGAUUCAGAAAGAAAGAAAGCUGAGGGAUGGAGCUGCUUAACUCAGACACAGCAUCACAGCAAUGUGAAUACACUGCUUCCGGACUGACUUUCACUCACAUUCUGUGGUUCGCAACAUGGAGCCCAGGAGCCUUAGUGAUCUGAGAUAGUGAUCUAGAGAUCAGCCCUCAAUAUUACAGCUGAAAUGUGAUAUAAUUAUAUAUAGUGAUAUUAAAUAUUAUAUAUUAAAUAGCAUAAGUCAGAGUAAC